GCCCAUGCGGGUUGAUUGGCGUCGGCCCGACCCAUUGCGGCCGCCGCUUUGGCCCCGGCCUCGGUGCUCCGAGAUGGCGGCGCAGGGGUUGGGCCGCGCGCUGGUCAGCGCCAAGUGGCUGUCCGAGGCCGUGCGAGCCGGCAGGGUCGGGGCCGGGCUGCGGGUGCUGGAUGCGUCCUGGUACCCCCCGCAAGAGCGCAACGCCCGGCAGGAGUUCAAGGAGAGACACAUCCCUGGCGCGUCCUUCUUCGACAUCGAGGAAUGCCGGGAUAAGUCCUCCCCGUACGAUUUCAUGCUGCCGAGCGAGGCCCAGUUCGCCGACUACGUGGGGCGCCUGGGGGUCGGCAACGACACUCAUGUGGUGGUGUACGACGGCGACGAGCUGGGCACUUUCUACGCCCCCCGCGCCUGGUGGAUGUUUCGGGCCUUCGGGCACCGCGAGGUCUCCGUGUUGAACGGUGGCUUCAAGAAUUGGGUGAAGGAGGGCCACCCCGUGACGGCAGAGCUCAGCCAGCCCGUGCCUGCGGUCUUUAAGGCCAAGCUGGACAAGGCCCUCCUGAAGACCUUCGAGGAGAUGAUGGAGAACGUGGGGUCCAAGCAGUUCCAGGUGGUGGAUUCCCGCCCUGCGGGCCGGUUUCAGGGCACUGAGCUGGACCAAGGGCUGGAACCUGGUCACAUCCCUGGUGCUGUGAACAUGCCCUUCUCAACAUUCCUGACAGAAACCGGCCAUGAGAAGAGUAUUGAGGAGAUUCAGCAGAUGUUCCGCGAGAAGAAAGUGGAUCUCUCAAAGCCACUGACUGCCACGUGCCGCAAAGGUGUCACGGCAUGUCACAUUGCCUUGGCAGCCUACCUGUGUGGCAAGACUGACGUGGCUGUUUAUGAUGGCUCCUGGUCCGAAUGGUUCCGCCGUGCCCCACCUCAGUACAAGGUCACUGAGGUGAAGCGCAACAAGGGCUAGAGGGAGAGUUGUUCCCUGGGCUAUGAGAUCUAGCAGCUGUCUGUAGACCAGGGUGCAAAAAGGAGAGGGAGGAGGUAGAAAAAGGGAAAAAAAAAUCAUGCUGAUUUAUACUCUGCCGAUUUUUCUCAGAAUGAUCAGUAGUUUUCUAUCACAUCUUGCAGCUUCUCACGAUGAAAUAAAAUCUACUUCUACGAUAA